AUGAAGUCAACCACCAACAUCAUUGCCACCAUUACUCUGUCGGUACUAUUCUUUGCUAUCUUUUGUGCUUGUGCUACAAGUAUCAGGGAACUCGAAGGCAACUUCUUCUACACCAUUACAUUCGGCGACUCUAAAUGUUCUCCAAGUACUAUUCAGUCAGUGUCAGGAUUGAGUAUUGUCAAACCAGCCAAUCCUUCAUAUCCACUCAGUGGAUCAUGUUUUGAAAAAGCACCAGACCAAUACGGUUACUCUCAAUAUCAAUGUGAUGCUUCUACUGCAAAUGUUAAAAAUCUCUGUCGACCAGGAUGUGUUGAAUGUUUCGAAUAUGAAACCCAUCCAUUGCAUCAAUGCAAUGAUAGAAGUGUGAGUGGAUGUGGUAAAUUGCCAGAUUUUAUUCUCUAUUCUGAUCAUUUCAAUGUUAGCAUGUUGUGGAAUUUGCAAUACCAAGUCCAUUCAAAUGAAAAAGAAAAUCAAUGCGGAAGAACAAGUAAUGAUUUCCUUGUCAGCUUCUUUGCUUCAAGAAUUAAUACUUGCUUGACUUGGUUUGAUAGUACUGAAGUUAUCAAGUGCAAUUCUACUGACUAUUCCUUUUUGAAAUACAAACCAGCCACCGAUAACGCUCCUCAAUGUACUAGGUUCGAAAGUGCUUACAAUGGAAAGGUCAAUACUUGUUCUGGAGGUAAUAAUAAUGUUAACAUUUGCAAAUAAGGAAAUAAAAAAAAUAAAUUAAAAUUCAAUUGAA